GCCUCCGUUUGCCUCUAUCUGUUCCAAACGGUAGACCCCCAUAGGCAGAGAAAGAAGUUAGAUUAACUCAAAUGAUUAAUAACAGGAUAAAAGAGAUGGAUAGUAAGCGGGAGGAGGAUAACAAGAAGAUAUGGGAGAGGUUGGGGAAGGGGAAAGAAGCGAAAAAGGUGGAGAGUGAUAAGGCUACAACGAAUGGAGAAAAUAAGAAGCGGGGACAAGACGAGGUCGAGGGUGCUGCGACAGUGCCACCCUCGACACCAAGGCAAAAGGUCAACAAGAAUAGAGCACUGGACGCGGGCCUGCUGCUGAUGAACUUGGACACUGUGCAGUGGAACCAAACGAUGCAGAGCCAGAUGUUUGAGCGAGCGCAAGCACAACAGAAUGUGAUGUUCAAGCGCAUGAUGAGCAUGAUCGAGAAGAUUGAAUCAAAGCAGGUGAUCCAUCCUAUGUCAGCAACUGCUCCAACUGCGCACAGUCAGCAGAAUGGACCGGCACCACCUCCUGCUCAGACAACGGCUGCCAGGGCCACGGAAGAACCUGCAAACCGUCCUCCGAACAUCCGUAUCAUUCCCCCGGUAGACCCUGUUCCUCUGUCCCGACGCUCUCCUUCCGAAAAUGUUGGACCUUCACGUCCCGUUCGUCCUACCUCUCCACCUGUGGUCCAGCAGCAACCACCUCUUAGUCCUUCUCUGCCACACUCUUCACCCCCACCCCCUCCCCCUCCUGUUCACAGAUCUGCGGGUGUAACUAUUCGUGAACCAGUCGAGCAAGUAGGCAAUCGGCCAGUCACUCGUAGUACGGCCGCUACACCAGGUAAUCAAGGGCAUAACGAGUCGGGCCCUUCAAGAGAGCAGAACAUCCGGACCCUGGAGGAAGGGAGGUCGACCGGUAGGUUGGCUGAUGUCUUUGCCUCCGUGGCUGGGACUGCAGAACGAGUCAUAGGGUCCCUCUCAGCGGUCAUAUUGGGUACUUCAUCGGGGUUGGGGUUUGACUGGGUACGGGAAGGAAGGAAGGCGGUGGUGGUGCAACCAGGCCCUGGUGGGAGAAGGCAGUAUCGUGCAGAUAUGGAAAGAGAGCUUACAGCAAAAUACAAAAACGAGCUGGUGGAGCUAUAUAAGAAGGAUAAGAUCAAGUACCACAACAAGAAGCAGGYUGUGGAUGAUUUAACCGAUAUUCGUGUACGAGACKCGUAURGUGACAACASGGAGGAAGAGGCCGAGGAGGAGCACGUUSAAGAAACAACAGAGGAAACUCAAGACGAGAAUCCUUCUUGAAGUCCUAUCAAGACCCCGAGUGGCUAURGCAGCAGGUGCAUGAGGUGCAGGCCGCGCGUCUCAUGAGGAAAGAUAAGGGAUGCAAAAGAAGAUGGUUGGAACAAAAGAUACGACUGUUC